CGUCAUCUUGUUAUUUCGCACCUUCGCAAAUGAUUAGCAGCUUAUUAUAAAAGGUCAGCUCAUAAAUCUUUGAGAAAAGUAAUUGACUGACUGUUUGUUGGGUCUUGAAUCUUUGAGAAUAAUUUAUUGACUAGUUGUUGGGUCUUUCAAAAGGUCAUUGAAUAAUCGUAUUUAUGUAUAUUCUAACCAUGCUCCGCUUACUGAUUGUUGUACUGGUUGUCAGCGCGAUAAUUGGAUCCACGGUGACGGUGAAUGCCUCCACAACCAGCCAAUUUAACAUUGCGGCAUUGACGAAUUUAACCCAGGUGUUGGUUAAAGCGCUGGACACUCUCAAUGCACUGAACGAUAUUGCCAAACCGAGCAACGAGAAGCCGGAAACCACUAAUGCCACCACAGAAGCCACCACGCCGACUACCACCCCGACUACCACGACUACCACUACCACCACCACUACCACCACCACCACUCCCUCGACGACAACCACCCCGAAUACGACGACUACCACCAAAGCCCCGCUGGCUUUUCUUUUUAACCAGAAUAACGGCAGCUACGGCACCGCAAAUGAAACACUCAACAAGGCCGAGGUCAAUGCAGUGGUAGCGUUAUUGGGACAACUGGGUCUAGGGUCGUUAUUGGGCUUAAAUACUACGCCGGAACCGCCUAUAGCUACCGUUGCAACUGCCACCAAGGAAACGAAUGUCACAAACUCAACUGCAAGCAAUCAUACCGCCUCGGGAGCCAGUCUCGCGCCCACCCUGGCCACGGCCCUUAAUGUCACCACCACCGCAGCACCGGUUUGCGACAUGGGCGCCGUCUGCAAUAUGUACAAACCCUGUCCCCUGCCGUGUACAUGCAGUAAUGUGAUGAAUCCGAAAAUGACCGGUCGAUGCGUCAAAGGCGUCAUACAAAACCCCUACGCUAUGUUAGUUGGCUAACGACAUCGGUAUAAAAAGCAAGUAGCAAUCCGCGCGACUGUGAUACUUCUGAUGUUUUGUGUGUUUAUAUACUCUGCAAUUAUUUUUCUUGCUGUCUUUUUUGAAUAAAGGCAUGCUCGGUGUAUAAUUUAUCAAGAUAGUGAGUGCCCUUAACUGUUGCAGAGAUUCUGUGUGAAUCGCGAUCUUUCAUAGCUUGUGGGUGCGAAAUGCAUCUAUUGUAAAUACAUUUCGGGCAAAAGGUUAUCGAUAAGAGAUAUAGCAGUUAUCGGAUAGCAGCCAAUUUGAUGAAUCACUUUGGUCUUUGUAAAUAUUCCGCUUGUGUCAGUAUUUAUAAUAAACAUUACGAUUUCUGAUUGCGACCGAA